CAGACAGACGAGGCGGCAGGCGGCGAUGAUGACGCUGCAGCGGCGAAGCGGCCAAAUGCCGAGUUCUCUUGUCCCCACGCAAGUCCUGUUAUAUAGUUCUUGUCAUCCACACAUGUAGCAUCAUCAACCAACUCUCUCCAUCUCAACUUCGCCUAUUGCAACUCCCUCUCUCUCUCUCUCGACACACACACACUCACCAUGUCAUCAGGCCUAUCAGGCGGCGCUGGCUCCUACGACCAAUCGGUCUACCAAUCCACUCACGGCCACGGCGGUGAAGGUCUCGCAGUGGACGGCGGGGCUCAGGACUACUCGACCAAGCACUCCGAGGGCCUCUCUGGGGGUCGUGGCAACCUCGACGAGAGCAAAGGUCUGGCCGAGGGGCUCGACGGUGGAGGAGGGGGGGAGGCCGAUAAGCCUGGAAUGGGAUUCAAUGCCGGUGUUGGUGGAGGCAGUACCAAGCCUGGGGGUGGGGCAACUUUGGAUGGUGGGAGCGGGGAUGUGGAUGAGAAGGGGGCGGAGGGUGUUGAUGGGAUUAGUACCAAGAUUAAACAUGCCGGGCAGAACAUUAAGGACAAGCUGAGUAGCGGCGAUAAGUAGAGGGCGCAGCGGGCGAUUAUGCUGUCGUAGGCGGCAAAUCAUAGCUGUGCCUCUCGGCCGUGCCGUGCAGUGUGAUACAGUGAUUGAAGCUCUGGAAUUGUAUUUGGCAUCUUGAUAGUCUUAAUGGUACAGCAGAGCAGUGAGAACGAGAAACGAUUAUCGCGGGCAGCAUUGGU